AUGCCUCCAUCGGUACAAUCAGCUCCUUCGGCAACCAGCCGCCGCCGGCUCUCACAGUCCAUGAAUCGCGUGGCCACCCUGGGCGCCCUCUCAGGCAUGGACCCCGCGAGCCUGCCAGUCUUUCGUACCGACUCUCCAAUGACCCUGAUGAGUGACGAGCUCCGGCACGUAUAUGGUGCACCUAGUUGCGACAGCAUCGUCGCCGUACUCGCCUCAGUGGGUAAUCCCCGGACCUCAGAGCCCAGCGCACCGCCUGAGUCCGGCCGAGAGGUCCGGCGUAAUAGCAUCGCCAUGAGCGACGGUGGACAAAGCAUUGCUUCGGAAAGGACUGAUAGCGGCAAGGGCAGGUCGCGCAGCCGUGCUCGCAAGGCAGAAUUAGUGGUGCAGAGGGUUUCUGCUGCUGCUGUUACCGCCAUCCCUCAGAUUCAGAACGAGUUCCUCCGACAACAGGUUGAGAAGCGACAGGCCGAGCGUGCUCAACAUGUCCCUCGCCCUCGCUCCAUCAACGAGGCUCGUGUCGUAUCCCGGCCGCCCCUUUCUCAUCCCACCAUCCUCCGACCGGGCCCGGAUGCCGGGCAUCGCAAGGGCGUGUCAGAGUACGGACUCGACACCGGCAGCACGGCCUUGAAGCGCGGAAGCGCGCGGGCCUCGAAGCGCAAGUCUAGCAUCGUGACGAGUGCGAGCCAGGCCCUGCCGGACUGGGCGGCUGCUGCGCUCAAGGGCACGCAAUUCGAGGCCGCCGCAGGGGUGGUUAUACCGCCCGUGCCACCAAUACCGUCUGACGAAGACGAGGCGAGGGCCGAUAGCAGACGGGCGUCUACUGCGACUGUGACCCGCGACAGCUACGUGCAGGGGGCCAAGGAGAAAACUGCACGGGCAAGCAGGGCCGGCGGAAAGAAAAGCCAGACUGCAAGGUCGGUCAGCGGGCUGUCGGAAGAUGACGAUACACGCAGCGCCUACAGCACGUACAGCGCUGCGACGAUCUCGCACCUGCCACGCGGGUCGAGCAUCGAGCGUCGCGCGCUCCCGCGCCCCAGCGGCGUCGAGAGCGCGCGCAUCCGCGAGGUGGCCGCUCGGCAGGAGCACGCGGCGCGAGAGAAGAAGAAGCGCACCGUCACGGUCCGCAACGUCGAGUUCGAGAUGGUGUCCCCGUCCUCAGUGCGCUCGCAGCCCCUGCCGAGGACCACGCCGCUCUUUGUCCCCUCGAUCCCGCCGAGCCGCGAGCCAGCCAGCAGCUACAGCGUCAUCGAGGCCGCGCGCAUGGCGACGCCGCCCAGCCCGUCGUCGUCGGUGUCGUCGGCGUCGGCUACCACGUCGCCCACGCGCUCUUCCCGGUCCUCCCACAGCGCGCGAUCCUCCGCAGCCACGUCGCUCUCCGGGUCGUCCCGCUCCCGCAGCUCUAGUCCGGCCCGCGGGGCCUACAACCCCCAGCAGCACCCCGGCACGGCCGACCCGACCGUGCGCGACCGCGUCGUGGAGCACGUCGCGCGGUUCCGCCAGGACCUCAAGCAGCGGGUCAAGGACCUCAGCCCGACCGUCGCCAAAGCGCCGCAGCCGCAGGCUUUUGAGCUGCGCGGGCCGGUGCGCAAGGCCGGGCAGGAGGACAUCGCGAGCUGGCAGUGUCCAGCGGGGGUGAGGAAAGGAGUCUUGGCUGUCGGCGCGUCCAGCUCGUUCGCGCAACGGGCCGAGGCGUCGUCGCGGCGCCGGGAUGACCGUGACGUGGGACCGAAGCGGAUCUCCGCUUAUAUCCCGCCAGCGGCGCCGGCACCGGUACCGGCUGUUGCUGCUAUGGGCAGCCGGCCGGCUAUCGUAUCGCUGAGAGAACAGGAGUCCUCGGAACUGUUCAUGCGCCGCACGACGCAGAAACGGGAGAGCUUCCUCGGGGCCCCGGCCCCGGAUGUGGGGCUGCCGAGUAAGGGGUCGGUUGCCCAGUUUGACUUCAACUUUUCCGGUGCCGGACGGGGACCUGUGCAGACUCCUUCUCUCCCUGCUCAGAGAGCGGAGACACCGCCAGAUUUCGAGCCGGUUCCGCAGCGGAAAGACUCACUUUUCAUGGGCAGCGGUGGCGCCUCGGCCCAUACCGCACAGAGGGACUCUUUCUUCGCGUCCUGGGCGGAGCCGAAAAACCCGGCGGCCACGGCGAGCGAGCUGAGCAUCCAGUCCCACGAGGAGCUCGAUGUCGUCGCGGCUGGGUUUGGGGAUCCGCGCAGGACUGAGGCAACGGCACCAGUAGACGACCGCAGGGUCUUGCCUAGCCAGCAGCAGGCCAGCCGUUCUAAUGCUUCUCCUCUGCAGCGUCAGGCUGUGGCCAACGCAGCGGGGGCGGCUAGCCAUCCCCUCAUGGCGCGGCAGGCGGGCCGUGUAGGGUCUGUCGGGAGUGGUGGCAACCGGGCACUGCGCCGGAAAGGAAAUGUCGGCGAUUUCAGUAAGGUAAGACAUACACGGUAA